AUGAGCGCUUUCUCCCCCGACAACAUUACCGGGGCCUUCAUCCCCUCGGCCCUCUUUGUCGCCGGAACUUUCUUCUUCAAGCAGGAAUUGACCCCCUUUGCCGUCGCUCUGGCCGCAGUCCUGGUCGGCUGGAAGGUCUUCAGCAACAAGCCCAGAAAGGUCCUCAACCCCGGUGACUUCCAGCACUUCACCCUGAAGGAGAAGAACGACAUCUCCCACAAUGUCACUGUCUACCGUUUCGCCUUGCCCCGUCCCACCGAUAUCCUGGGUCUGCCCAUCGGUCAGCACAUCUCGCUUGCCGCCACCAUUGGCGGUAAGGAGGUUGUUCGCUCCUACACCCCCAUCUCCUCCGACAACGAGGCUGGUUACUUCGAUCUCCUCGUCAAGGCCUACCCCCAGGGUAACAUCUCCAAGUACUUGACCACCCUGGAGGUUGGUCAGACCAUGAAGGUCCGUGGCCCCAAGGGCGCCAUGGUGUACACUCCCAACAUGUGCCGUCACAUUGGUAUGAUCGCUGGUGGUACUGGUAUCACCCCCAUGUACCAGAUCAUCAAGGCUAUUAUCCGCAACCGUCCCCGUAACGGUGGAAACGACACCACCCAGGUUGACUUGAUCUUCGCCAACGUGAACCCCGACGACAUCCUCAUGAAGGAAGAGCUCGAGCAGCUGGCCAAGGAGGACGACGGCUUCCGCAUCUACUACGUCCUCAACAACCCCCCUGAGGGCUGGACCGGUGGUGUUGGUUUCGUCACCCCUGACAUGAUCAAGGAGCGCCUUCCCGCCCCCGCUAGCGACAUCAAGAUCCUGCUCUGCGGUCCUCCUCCCAUGGUUAGCGCCAUGAAGAAGGCUACCGAGUCUCUCGGAUACACCAAGGCUCGUCCCGUCAGCAAGCUCGAGGACCAGAUCUUCUGCUUCUAA